CAAAAAUUUCUCAAAGAAGGUUUUUGUUUGUUUGUUUUUUUUGGAAAUUACUCUUACUGAAGAAUAUGUUAUAAGUUACAUUUUUCACUAUGGAAUGUCUGGUUUAAUCUAUAUUUUAUACAAAAAGAAAGAAAAUCCAGAACUGUAGCUUAACCACCCUAUUAUGGCUAGUAGUGGAUCAGGGAAGUCAGAAAGUGAGGUUCCUACCAACAUACAGAGUGGCAGUUUGCAGCAAAGAAAAAGACUUUCAUCCAUCUGUGACACAUGCAAGAGCAAAAUGCAGUUGGUAGCAGACUUGCUCCUGCUGUCCAGUGAGACCAGGCCCGUGGUUAACUCAGAGGGCCUGCCGGUGGCUGAGACGUUUGAAAAGUGUCGGGACACUGUAAUCGCCAGGACUAAGGCAUUGUCCAUACUCACCCACGACAUUCAAAGCCAGCUCAACAUGGGCAAGUUUCUGGAAGUCGGAGACCGGCUGGUGGAGAUGGGCGACCUUGUAGUUUCUCUCACGGAAUGCUCCGCCCAUGCGGCUUACCUGGCAGCCGUGGAGACCCCAGGCUCGCAACCGGCAGUGCCAGGUCUAGUGGACCGCUACAAAGUGACGCGUUGCCGGCACGAGGUGGAGCAGGCCUGCAGCGUUCUCCGGCUGACGGCCCUUGGCGACCUGACCCCGCAGAUCCUCCUGGAAGUGUCCCAGAACAUCCGAAAGAACCUCACCAUCCUCACGGAUGCCUCCUCACUGGCCAGUGAGAAAUCCAAGGACAAGUUUGCUAAGGAACAGUUCAAAGCCAGUGUGAAGUGCAUGAGCACCAGUGCUACAGCUCUCCUGGCGUGCGUGAGGGAGGUGAAAACCUCCCCCAGCGAGUUAACUCGAAACCGCUGCGUUCUUUUCAGCGGACCCCUCGUCCAGUCCGUGCAUGCCCUGGUGGGCUUUGCCACUGAGCCACAGUUUUUGGGCAAGGCGGCCACCAUCACCCCCGAGGGGAAAGCUGUGCAGACGGCGGUGCUGGGAGGAGCGAUGAGUGUGGUUUCGGCUUGUGUGCUCCUGACGCAGGGCCUCAGGGAUAUCUCUCAACAUCCCGAGAGCAGCACCAAGAUGGCAGACUACAGGGAGAGGCUUCGGAACUCGGCCUGCGCCGUCUCAGACGGAUGCACACUGCUGUCUCAGGCACUAAGGGAAAGAUCCUCUCCCAGAACUCUGCCGCCAGUCAACUCCCAUUCUGUGAAUUAAAAACUCGUGACGGACAUAUGAAUUACGUGCCCUUUAUUUGAGAUACCAAAGAGAGACUGAU